GCCCCGCAUUCAAGUUCAUCGUACAUGCUCUGUAAAGUAACUACCUACUACUAAUCUACAUAGCUCCCCAUCCCUGCCCCACCUUCUCCCAUCCAUUUGUUUAGGUAGUAUCGAGUCCCCUCUUCAACACCAAGGAACUCCCUACUAUCUAUCUCACCUUGUUCCUGUAUCCUACAGUCUCCAUUCUCUCUUUUACAAACAACGACAACAACAUUCGCAAUGGCUCUCGCAUCCCCUCCCUCGUACACUCCUCUCCAGGAGCGUCCUCUCAAGGACACCAUCUGCCUCUUCGAUGUUGACGGCACGCUCACACCCGCGCGCCUGGACGCCUCGCCCGAGAUCCUCGACAUCCUUCAGAAACUUCGCUCAAAGUGUGCUAUCGGAUAUGUUGGUGGCUCGGACUUCGCCAAGCAACAGGAGCAGUUGGGCAAGCCCGCCGGACAGCCCGUCACCGCCCUCUUCGACUUUUGCUUCUCCGAGAACGGCUUGACUGCCUUCAAGCUCGGCGAACCCCUCGAGUCCAACUCCUUUAUCAAGUUCAUUGGCGAGGAGCAGUACAAGGAGCUUGCCAACUUCGUCCUCCACUACGUUGCUGAUCUCGAUAUCCCCGUCAAGCGCGGCACCUUCAUUGAAUUCCGCAAUGGAAUGAUCAACAUUAGCCCCGUCGGUCGUAAUGCCAGCACUCAGGAGCGAAACGACUUUGAGGCGUUCGACAAGGACGCAAAGGUCCGGGAGAAGUUUGUCGCUAUUCUCAAGGAGCGAUUCGGCCACCUCGGCCUCACCUUCUCCAUUGGUGGCCAGAUUUCCUUCGAUGUGUUCCCCACCGGGUGGGAUAAGACCUACUGCCUCCAGCACCUUGAGAACGAGGCCAAGAAGCCUGACGGUAUCGCCUACAAGACCAUCCACUUCUUUGGCGACAAGACAUUCGAGGGCGGCAACGACUAUGAGAUUUACACCGACUCUAGGACAACUGGCCACUCCGUCACCGGACCUGAGGACACCAUGCGUAUCCUCAAGGAACUCUUCGAUCUCUAAAUACAUAUUUGGGCGUUGGAAUGAGAUUCAAAAGCAUAUAUACACAAUAGAAACGAGACCAAGAAACAUGCAAUGUUUUCAUGAAUAUUUUGCCAAA